AUGGAGUUUGAGUUACGAAAAAAAGCAUUAGCUUGUAUCGAGAGUAACGUAACGGAGGUGCAAGUGGUCAUUAUUGUUCUGACCCGUGAACUUGCCUUUAAAGUAGCACAUCAACUAAAUGAGGAUGCAGGUGAAAUGAAAUGUCUACCAUGUAUCAAUGAUCGUCGAUUUGAAGUACAUUUGGAUGAAAUGAAACAACGACACUUUCCCAUCGUUGCUGGCACAUUAGGAAGGAUUGAUUUAUUUCUUUAUCGAAAUGUAUUAAAGCCAGUAUACAUCAAAGAAUUAUUCAUACUUGAUUCGAUUGCAAUGGUCAGUUUUCCACUCAAAAGGUCAUUAGAACGAGUGCUAGGCUUCAUUCAGAAACAUAUCCAUAUAAUAUUGCAUUUACCGCCUUGUGCUUCAAUUGUACGUCAAAUACAAGAUUUUACUGGAAGUGUUUCAUGUUAUGGAGCACAUCCUCAUCUUAUUGAAGCGAAUCAUUUUGCGCUGCAUGUUUCGGAUGAGAUGAGAAAAAUGGAUACACUUUGUGACUUAUGUCGAACGAAUACAUCAGUACCAAUACUUAUUUGCUGCAGCAUGCAAGGCACUGCAUUCGCAAAUGCAAAAGUAUUACGAGCGCAAAAUUUACCCGUAGUUACUUUGACUAGUGAAAUGUCAUCCGAUGAUAUUCGUGUCGCUAUCGAAACAUUUCAAUUGUGUCAAGUGCAUAUUAUGAUAACGACUGGAUAUAUCCGUGGUUUAAUAGAUUUGAGGACACCAAUGAUUAUUAUCAAUUAUGAUUUACCGAAACCUGAUGCAUACGCUCGGAGGAUUAAUUUCGUGGGUGAAUCCUGGAUUGCCAAGCACACCGUCUUUAUAUCAUUGAUUAAAAUGAGUGAAAGACACAAACUAUCGCAGAUAAAAGAAAAACUUGGCUUACGGUGGUUCCUGGUGUUUCCGGACUGA